AUGAUCGCGGAUACCGUCCAGCAUGCUGCUGUCAAAGAGGGCCGGAAGCUCGCGUCGAAGCACCCGCUGCAGCGCCUCAACAGCCCAUCGCGCGGUGCAUCCGCGCUGCUCCACUUCAUCGGUUGCUGCAGCUUCGCAUACUCCUUUCAUUACCUAAUCUACGAACCCAACCCCAUCAGCGAAUCCUGGGGCUGGCACCUGCAAUUUCUGACCUGCUGCGGCCUGUCCCUCGGGUUCCUGACCUACGUCCUCGCCCUUCUCGCUGACCUGACCCUCUCCCGCACGCUCUACCGCGCCAAGAACCUGCUCGCUCUGACAUCCGCCCCGCUUGAGUGCUGCAUCUCGGUCCUCUACUGGGUCAUCAAAGCUAUCGACCCGCGCCUUCUCCUGCACCCGGAUCUUCCUGUCCUCCACCUGCUGCCCGACAUAUCCUUCCACCUCGCCCCCGCCCUCUUCCUCGCCCUGGAUCUUCUCUUCUUCUCCCCGCCCUGGACGCUCACCGCCGCCCCCGCUCUGGCCGUGAGCUCGCUCGUGGCCGUGAGCUACUGGUUCUGGGUUGAGGCCUGCUUCGCCCACAAUGGCUUCUACCCCUACCCGCUCUUCGGCCAACUCGACACCAACGCGCGCGUCCUUCUCUUCUCCGGCGCCGCUGCCAUCAUGGCCGUCAGCACACUCGCCCUCAAGGCUGUGUACCAAGCUGUGAACGGCUUGAGCAGGAAUGAUGCCACGGAUGGCGAUGCCAAGAAGGACUUGUAA